GAGCAGUCCCGCCAGGCCCGGCCUCUUCCUUCUCCCGCCGCCUCCUCCUCCUCCGCCGCGUUCCCUCAGCCGCCAUCAUGGCCGCCAGCGCGGCUCCUUCGUCGGCCUCGGCCAGCGGGGCCGCCCCGGCGGGCUCCAACGCGGCGGGCUCCAGCGGAGGCGGCGGAGGGGCUUCGGGCCUGACGGCCUCGCUGACGGGCACGAUGAACAGGAAGAAGAAGCCCUUCCUGGGCAUGCCGGCCCCGCUGGGCUACGUGCCGGGCCUGGGCCGCGGUGCUACAGGUUUUACCACUCGCUCGGAUAUUGGUCCCGCUCGAGAUGCCAACGACCCAGUGGACGAUCGCCAUGCGCCUCCAGGGAAGAGAACCGUCGGGGAUCAGAUGAAGAAAAACCAGACAGCUGACGAUGACGAUGAAGAUCUGAAUGACACCAAUUACGAUGAGUUCAACGGCUAUGCUGGGAGCCUGUUCUCGAGCGGGGCCGUACGAAAAAGACGACGAAGAAGCGGAUGCGAUUUAUGCCGCUCUGGAUAAGAGGAUGGACGAAAGGAGAAAAGAGAGACGGGAACAGCGUGAGAAGGAGGAGAUUGAAAAGUACCGAAUGGAACGGCCCAAAAUCCAGCAGCAGUUCUCGGAUCUGAAA